GUAGUAAUAACUUGUUUGGUGGGCAGUACGCACCAUUCCAGUCUAGCGGAGAACCAGUGCUCCAGUGGCAGCCUCAAAUCCCCGCGAAGAUCUAAUCGGAGCAGUAGAUAGUGCGUGGGCCGGCUCGAUUGCUUCGCCGUGCAAUCAAACCUUAAUCAGAAUCCGCGGGCAAGUGGAUCAAGCGGUGGCUAUAUAGCAAUAUAGCCAGCCACAGCGAUAACCGACCGAAUUCCCCCACAAAACGCUCGUGAAUACUCCGGAUUUAAUUGUCGCUGUUCAGCUGGAAAAACUAAGCCACGACAGGAAGGGGGAGGAGGGAGCACAGGAAAACAACACUGGAAAACCAGCUCCAACUCCAGCUGCAGGUCCAGUUAAUAGAUCCGAGAGACCAACAACAACAACAACAACAAAAACAAUAACAACGAUCGAUCUGACAAAAGAGAACGGCGACAAAACAAAGAAGCAGGCACAACGAAAAGAACAGAGCCAAGUGUAGAGAAGCGAAGAGAAAGAAAACGAGAAGAAGCGAGGCACGGAUACAAAACAAGUCGGUCGCAGUCGCAGCAUAGAUACAUAGAUACAGAUACAGAUGCAGAUGCAUAUACCGAUACGGAUACGGACUCAGCCGCUGCAUCCACUCACAGCAUCCAACAGGAGGAGCAUCACCACUCUGCGGGGGAGUGGGCGAGAGGAGGGGUAUUAAAAUAUAAUAUUAUUCAGCAGCCACACAACACAGUGUUUUUUGUGCUGUGCACACAGCGUAAACACGACGAAAUUGUUAAUUAAGACGCCAAAUGUUUGGCAGUCGUCGAAAGUGCAAAGCAAAGCAGCCGCGGAACAGCGAGAGAGCGCCAGAUAAGAGCGUAUGUGCCUGGUGUGUGUGUGGGUGCGCUCUCUAGUAGUACCUGAGUGUCUGUGAGUUCGGUUUCCUUUCCGUUUCGUUGCGAGCACGUUUGACCACCACCGAAAUAACACCCACCGAACAGCUGUGCCCCAAAGCUCACUCCAAGUGCAUGCCGCUGAUCUACGCUCUCGAGCUCUCGCUCACACACACCCGCAUCACGUUAUCAGUCAAUGGCACUUUUCUGCAACUGAUUCCGGCGCACGAGUGAAAAGGAGGGCGGCUGCGGUGGAAAGCGGGAACCUUCGUCGCGACAAGUCUUCAACCCAUCCAUUGGAGGCUUCCAGGCGGUAAGUGUCGGAGUCAAGUGCAGUGGUAUUUGGCGAUAGCGGAAUUUUUCACAAGGCCCUAGUUCUCAACAGACUAAGUCAAACACACCUAUCACGACCGAUCUGCUGAAGGUUAGUGAUUGUGUAAAUACGUAUAUGUAGCAAAGAAAACAUAGAUAUCAACAUGCCCCGAUGAUUAGUCCUAGUUCCAGCUAAGGAUUACAAACCAAGUAAUUCCUCCCAAUUCCAAAACUUUUAUUGGGAUCGGUGGUCCAAACUCCCACACCAAACUCUCCACUUAAAAUCUAUUUAAAUUUCAGAAGGAUGAUAGCACCCCUUACCGUUUACUAUUGCACACAGAAAUCAUUUAAUACUAGGAAUAGUAUCUAUUAUCUAUACUUAUCAGUUCCACCAACUAUCUGUUAGAUGGUAGUCACAGUAUAAUCAAUAGAACCUCCUCCUCGCGAUCGCCAUCGGGUUCGUGUUCGUGUUCGUGUUCGUGUUCCUGUCCGUUCACAUUUUCUUAUAACCCAUAUAACGAUCAUUAUAUUGGAAAAUUACUACGCUCAGGUUGCGCCUUAUCAGAGCCGUUGACCCGCUUUCAAAGUUGGCAAAUCAGAACUUACCCCAUGGUUGCCAAAGCUCAACUCUAUGCACACACGCUGAUAGCACACGCUGAUAGUUGUUGUCUCGAUUAAUUUAUGAAUUAAUGCCUAGUUAGUAUGUACUGGGACCAAGAACAUAUAUGUGCUCCUAGAGCUAGAGUCCCAAGCUGGUGAUAAGAACGGGAGUACAUAUAUACAGCUGAACUUUGAUUUCAGCACGGGCAGAAGCAGCGAUCGGCGAGCAGCAUGCGAAGGCUCUGGGAGUAUAAGCCCCGAUUAGUUUGUGAAAACAUCUGUAAUCGCAUGGUUAAGAGUCCUCAACCCGCGGAAGAUUGCUCCGAGAAUCGAAAAAAAAGAGCGAUUGACUACUUAUAAUCAAUCUAACCAUCAAUUGAAUCCGUCAAAUAUUAUUUCUCCAAGAGGUAGUAUAGGUACGCCGGACAUCGCGCAGAGACUUUAAAAUAGUGAUUCAAUCUAGUGUGGCUGUUGCGCCUAUGUGUUCAUUGAACCCGAGUUUGGCCGAUAAGCUAGUAAUCUAGUGCCAAAGCUAUCCCUUUGAGGCGCCACGUGUUUGUCUUUCUACAGAUUGCUUAUGGGGAAGAGAAGAGGAGAAUAAACUCAUAUCGUGGAGGCUGUGGCGUAAUAUUGGGAUAUACAAAGCCCGAUAAGAAGUCUCUCAAUUACAAUACUUUCAGCUCUGCCCCAGAUACACCCACAAUGCCACGUGCGACCACCAGCAACCCUGAGGUGACCUUGCCAACCGCCCACCAAGACUGCGAUCUCACAGUGGCCGCCAUCAGGUCCAAGUCCAACACACUCAACUCCCAGCUGAAUAGGGUCGGAACGGGAACCUUUGGAGGCUACGGCAUGGCGAGUGGGGCCGAGAAGCCGAAGCCGGUGCUGCAGAUGAUACUGGAGGCCUUGGGACUGCGAAAUCAGGCGCAGAGCCGCGAGCCAACGUCCAAGGAUAUUGGAACUCUGAUAAUGCUGGGCGUAAUGUUUCUGCUGUUCGUGAUCGGCGUCACUGGAUUCUUCGUAAUGUGGUUCACCGAGUUCUACAACAACACAAUGCUGGAGAAUCUUAUAUUGGCCGAGAAUUCGGAAACGGCCAAAGACUGGCUCAACCCUGACCCCAAGUUCGACACCUUACUGAAGGCGCACAUAUUCCACUACCCCAAUAUCGAAGACUACUUAGAGGGGCGGGCGGACAAGAUAAAGGUCGUGGACGUGGGUCCACUCACUUACCAAGAGCACACGAUCAAAGAUGAGGUUUCCUUUAACAACAACUUCACGGUCACUUUCAGGGACCGCAAAUCGUACAAGUUUCUGCCGGAGAAAUCGUCUGUUAGGGAGGACGUAGUGCUGAUGGUUCCAAAUGUGCCACUCAUCUCUGCCGCCGGACACGUAAAGCGCAUGCCGUAUGCCGAUCGAUUAGUCGCCGGUUUUUUUAUCAAACAAUUCAAGGAGCCACUCUUUAAAAACCUAACGGCCUCCGAUUUUCUCUGGGGCUACGAGGAUAAGAUUAUCAAAUUGAAGAGUCUGGGCAUGGGAAAGAAACGCUUUGGCCUCCUGAUGAACCGUAACGGAACCAGCGUGGAUUCGGUACAGCUCAACACAGGCGAGGAUGACAUCAGGAAGUUCAGCAUAAUUACCCAGUUCAAUGGGAUGCCGCAGCUAGACUACUGGGAUGGAGACGAGUGCAAUCGAAUUGACGGCUCGGAACCCUCAAUGUUCUCGCCGAACUUGCUGCAGAACCGAAGCACCAUCAAUGUGUUCCUUCAGGUCCUGUGCCGAAAGGUGCCGCUCCAUUUUGAGAAGGAGGUUACCAUCUUGAAUAACAUCGAUGCAAUUCGCUACAAGACGCCAAUGAACGUGUUUGCCAAACCCGAAUUUAAUCCAGCGAACGCGUGCUACUGCACGAACACGGAGAUGUGCCUGGAGAGUGGAGUGAUCAACGCCACCAAGUGCUACGGGGAUUCACCCAUCUUUCCCUCAUUUCCGCACUUCUUCACCGGCAAUAAGUCGUACUAUGAUCUCUUCGAGGGCAUCAAACCGGAGGCGGAGCUGCACCAGACGUACGCCGAUAUCCAUCCGCGUUUUGGCUUCCCCAUUGGCGGAGCCUCACGCGUCCAGAUCAACAUCAUGCUGGACAAGACGCCAAUACUGGAAAAUAAAGCCGCUCGCCUAGUAAAUGCCACCAUCCUUCCGCUAAUCUGGAUCGAGAUCACUGCGGGUGACUUCGGUGAGGAUGUGCUUCACACACUUUUCAUGACCACCUAUGGUCUCGACGCCAUUCAGCUCGCGCUCAAGUACGGAACCCUCCUCAUAUCCGUGACGUCGUUCAGCCUGAUCAUUGCCGGGGUCUACUUCCUCAACAGCAGGCGGGAGGAGCAGCUCCAGGAGAGCAAGUCAUCAGCCGAGCUGGAAGCGCUGAACAGCGGACUCGCUGUGGUGCAGCACGUCAACCUGCCCGUGUCGGUGUAGCAAACCAUCCAUCCGAGUGAUCGAAGUGCCAUUAGUAAUUUAGUUAGGGGCGGGUACGGGGGAAAGUUGUUGUUUUUUCAACUUUAUGAGAUUUUCGAAUUUGUCUGCGCUUAUCCUAGAAUAGUUAUUACAGAAUAAGAGUGAUUUAGGCUACGAAGAGUCGCCAGUUACCUUUAGUCAGUAGUUAUCUGCUGUAUAUAUGUAAAAAGAAAAUGUUUAAUAAACUGUCUAUAACCUGUAA